AUUACUCUGACUCUGGUAACGUGACUUCCUGGUAACGUGUUAGGUAGGAAAAGCAGUAAAAAAGUGCAUAUUAAGGGAGCAGAUUUGAAAUAAUAUUUAUACUUAACAAGAAAUAAUUAAAGGUUCAAUGGGGAGACCUAAAGAUUUACGCAUAUGGGAGCACUACCGUACUUUACCAAACAAGUCUGUUUCUUGCAAGCUUUGUAAUAAGGUCUACAAAUUCAGUAAUGCUGCCAAAAUGCUUCAACAUCUUAUCACUUGUCCAAAAUCUCCAGAAACAUUAAAAGACUCUAUGAAACUUAUAAAAGAUAGCUCGUCCAAAACCAAAAUGUCUGGACUGUCAGAGAUAGAGACAAAUGAUUCUUUUAUAAGCCCCUCGUCGUCUGCUAACACUACAAUAAAUGCUGAGUUUCAAGACACCGAUGAUCAUAUAAAAACAGAAUUAGCGAGAGCUAUAUUUGUAACAGGGACGCCAUUAUCGAUGGUGCAACAUCCUUUAUGGAUACAAUUUUUCGAAAAAUUGCAACCAAAAUUUAAAAUACCUUCACGUAAAGCUUUAGCGACAAAAUACUUAGAUAAAAUAUAUAGAGAAAUGCGUUUUGAGUUAAAUGAGGAACUAAAUGCUUGUAGUUACUUACACCUUCAGUGCGAUGGCUGGUCUAAUUUAAGAAAUGAAGGAAUAAUAAACUUUCUUAUAUCAAAACCUCAACCUGCAUACGUUAAAAGUUUGAAUACAGAAAGUAAUCCUCACACUAGUGAAUACCUUAGCCAAGAAGUUGAAAAAGUAAUGAAAGUGUAUGGAGCAAAUAAGUUUCUUGUACUUAUUGGCGAUAACGCUAGAAAUAUACAAAAGGCAUUCGAAUUAACAAAACUCAAAUAUCCACAUGUUGUUCCUCUCGGUUGCUGUGCACAUAUCCUUAACUUGUUGUGCCAAGAUAUUGUAAAGAUACAAGAAGUAACUGUGUUUAUUAUGCAAGCCAUAAAUAUAAUAAAAACUGUUAAAAGGAGUCAACGAUUAAGUUCCUUGUUGAUAAAAUCAAGGCAGGGUGAAGAUUCUACACAAACACUAAAAUUGCCUUGUGCUACAAGAUGGGGAAGUCAUGUUACUUCGUUAAAAAGUUUGAAAGCAAAUAAGAUAGCUUUGCAAAUAUUAACAGUUAGAGAAGAUGUGGUAAUUUCAAGAGAUAUUAAAUAUUUAAUUCUAAGUGAUGAUUUCUGGACGAAGACAGGGGAAUGUAUAAGUAUUUUGGAACCAGUCACUGAAAGCAUAUUUUACUUAGAGAGCGACCAGAAUCGUUUGCAUCGCACAUACAUUACAUUUAGAGAUGUACAAGCUAAGAUACGUUUUGCAUUAAAUGAGAUUUCGACAUUGAGCGAAGAAAGCAAACAGCAGAUUCUAACAUCAGUAUCUUCAAGAUGCAAUAUGGCAAUGAGGCCAAUACAUUUUGCAGCAUAUAUUCUAGACCCCAGGACUCUAGGAGUCGAACUUACUCAAGAGGAAGAACUUAAGGGUAUGGAGUUUAUCUACAAUUUAAGCCAACACUUAAGUUUGUCAAAUGUAAUGGCAGAUUUGGCGUGUUAUAAAGCUAAAGAAAACUUUUGGGCCAGAGGAUUUGUAUGGAGCUCAUUAGAUAGCAUUGAGCCCCUAAUAUGGUGGAAAGGUAUUUGUGGUUCCACUGAGUUAAGCAAAGUAGCGAUUCGUAUUCUAUCAGCUCCCUGUACUUCGGCAGCCACUGAGCGUUCCUUUAGUAUCCAAGGCUACAUACAUAAUAACAAAAGAAAUCGACUUACAACUGAAAGAACUGAAAAAAUUUCAUUCAUUUGUUAUAACUGGAAUCUUAAACAUAAAGCUGAAUGCGAGGACAUUCAGUUUAAUGAAGAAAAUACCUUAGAAGCUUUCAUUGAGCAAGUAAAUGAACAUAACAGUUUAGACGAAAUAGAGCCUAUCGAACCUAUACAAUUCAUCGCUUGUAAUAACUCUGAAUCUGACAGUGAUUGACUGUAGUUUUACAUUUUACUUUCAUCUCUUUCUUAAUAAACUCAAAAUCAAAUUAAAAGUUUUUUAUUCUGUAGGCUGCAUAAUAAUAUUGUCUAUGUCCAGUAUAGUGGACGUCUUGCGGCUGAGAUGACGAUGAUGAAGUACAAAAUCAUAAACACCCAAAAAUUUGGGUGUUUAUGGGGUUUAAACCCAAUAAACCCAAAACACCCGGUUUUUACCCACCAGACUUUAAACCCACCCAGGUGGAUUGCCC